GGGGUAACCUGCUGUUUCUUAUUUGUUCUGAGGAGGCUCUCUGUGUGGAUGCAGAUUUAUAGGUAUCAGAAGAGAUGUUCUAUUUACAGGGUUCUCAGAUGCUUCAGCUUCUGGAAAACUCCCUGAGGAAGCACCUCCCUGAGUCCUUAAAGGCUUAUGGGACUGUCUUCCACAUGAAUCGGGGAAACCCAUUCAAGGUCAAGGCUCUGGUGGACAAGUGGCCUGAUUUUAAUACUGUUGUUAUUCGACCCGAGGAGCAGGACAUGGUAGAUGACCUUGACCACUACAUCAACACUUAUAUAAUAUACUCCAAGGAUCCCAUGAACUGCCAGAAGUUCCUUGGUUCAUCAGAAGUCAUUAACUGGAAACAACAUUUACAGAUUCAAAGUUCACAGUCAAGCCUGGACAAAGUGAUAGAACAUCUUGGAGCCAUUAAUUUGGGCAAGGUCAAGCAUACGCAAUGCUUUCUCUACAUGAUAUUUGACACAGCAAAGAAACUGCUUCCUUCUUUGGUGGAUACCAAGAACUUAGUACACAGCAGUGACAAGCCCAAGCCCAUUAACAAAGAGAUGUUCAAAUUCACCUCCCUGGAUGUUCCACAUGCUGCAUUGGUGAACAGCAUCUGGCAUUUUGGUGGCAAUGAGAGAAGCCAGAAGUUCAUUGAGCGCUGUAUCCACACCUUCCCCAGCUUCUGUAUUAUGGGGCCAGAUGGGACCCCUGUGUCCUGGAGCCUGAUGGACCACACUGGAGAACUGAGAAUGGGAGGCACCUUGCCUCAGUACCGGAGCCAGGGUCUCAUUUACCAUAUUGCUCGCCACCAGAUUCACACUCUAGGAAAUCUUGGCUUCCCCAUGUAUGCACAUGUGGAUAAAUCUAACUUCACAAUGCAUAGAGUGUCUGCCAUGCUGGUUCAUGUCCGCAUGCCCUGUGACUGGAAUCAGUGGAACUAUGUGCCUCUAUAAGGCUGGGAAAGAAUGGUGAGGGGACCAUGCUUGU